UUUUUUUGCAAAAGUAUAAAUACAUAUUCAUAUCUCAAGCCACUAAACAUUUAAGUUCUAGACCUUUAAACAUAAAGAUGCUUAAAACGAUCGCAGUGAUCUUUAUCAUAAGCUUUGCUUUGCUACAGGCUGUGAGCGGUGAUUCAAAGCUGUACAAAGCAAAUGAUGGUAAAGAGUAUCUUAUCGAAACAGAAGCAAAGUACAACUGGUAUCAGGCCUGGCAUGAAUGUGCACGUAAAAAUUUACAACUGGUUGCCAUAGAAACGGAAGAAAAAAAUAACGCCAUUAUCGAUGUCUUAAAGAAAGUCGUGGGAAAACCACUUAACUUAUGGCUGGGUGGUAAUGAUGAAUUUAGUUCGAGUAGAGACUACAACCGUCCCUUCUAUUGGUUCGCCACGGGUAAACAAUUCUCGUUUACCUCUUGGUCACCCAAUAAUCCCGAUAAUGAUCGCAAACGUGAACAUUGUGUUCAUUUCUGGGAAAAAAAACCUUAUCAAUGGAAUGAUAUUGAUUGUACUACACAAAUGGGUUUUAUAUGUGAAGAGAAUCAUUAUGCAGAAACCUAUAACAAAGAAGUCACCCAAAAAUGUGAUGCCUUCAAACAUUCAAGUUUAUCAAUCGCGCAUGAAUACGAUCAGGUGUUUAAGCAACAAAUAAUGGAAAUUAAUCAUAAAAUCCAGAGUAGCAAUCAUGUGGCAGAUGAUUGGAAAGUAGAAAUGCAACAAUUGCAAAAUACUACAUUAGUUGCGGUGCAAAAAGUGCUCGAUGAUCAACAUUUUAUGGUGAAACAAUUGACCGAGAAAAUGCUUCAUCAAGUCCAUAGUAUGAAUGUUGAAUUGGAAAAGUCUUCGUCUGCUAUCAGUGCUAUGUUUAGUGAAAAGUUGAGUGUGAAAGAGAAUGAAAUUAAUAAAAUAUGUUAGAUUUUUUU